CCAAGAUAGGAGGAAAGGAGAGACUGAAAGAAAAGAACCCCUUGGGGCGAUGUCAUAGCUUUCUUCGGUUGUCCCACAGGACGAGCUCGAGGGGAGCAGACAGCGUAGCGGAUUUUACUGUCAUAGAAGGAAGCGUCUUUCUAGAAACUCUGCGAGAGCAGUUAAGAGCUCAGCUCCUGAGGCUAGGCGGUUCUGGAUGUUUACCCGGCUCCUAGGCCAGUGACUUGUCCUCUCUAAGACCUGGUGUCCUUACUUGUGACAUGGAAAUCAUAACAGAAAGCAUUUAAGAAAUUCCUGGAAUAAAUUAGAGUAAUAUAGGAUCUGCAGGAAAUACCUCAAGAUAAUUGGAAAAGAAGAAUUUCUAGACUCUUCAUCAAGAUCUUCAUUUAUACAGCUGUUAAAUCCAAGGCUGCUUUGGUGAAAGCAUGAAUAAAAAUACAUCUACUGUCAUAUCAUCCAGUCUACUUGAAAAGGAUCCUGCCUUUCGGAUGAUUACAAUUACCAAGGAAACAGGCCUUGGCCUGAAAAUACUGGGAGGAAUUAACCGGAAUGAAGGCCCGUUGGUAUAUAUUCAGGAAAUUAUUCCUGGAGGAGACUGCUACAAGGAUGGUCGUUUGAAGCCAGGAGAUCAACUUGUCUCAGUCAACAAGGAGUCUAUGAUUGGUGUGUCAUUUGAAGAAGCAAAAAGCAUAAUUACCAGAGCCAAGUUGAGGUCAGAAUCUGCUUGGGAGAUAGCAUUCAUAAGACAAAAAUCUGACAACAGUCAACCAGAAAAUCUGUCAUGUACAUCACUUGCAGAAGCUUCAGGAGAAUAUAGACCUCAAGCCUCAGCAUUUAGUCUUCUUUCAUCUCCUUCUGAAAUACUAAUUCCAAAGACCUCAUCCACUCCCAAAACUAACAAUGCCAUUUUACCUUCUUGUGAGAUAGAAACUGGAUACAACAAAACAGAACAGAUUCCAAUUACUUCUUCAGAAAACAGUACUGUGGGUUUGUCUAAUACAGAUGUUGCUUCUGCCUGGACUGAAAAUUAUGGACUACAAGAAAAGCUCUCCCUAAAUCCCUCUGUUCGCCUUAAGGCAGAGAAACUGGAAAUGGCUCUAAAUUAUCUUGGUAUUCAGCCCACAAAGGAGCAACACCAAGCCCUGAGACAGCAAGUACAAGCAGACUCAAAAGGGACAGUGUCUUUUGGAGAUUUUGUCCAGGUUGCCAGAAACUUGUUUUGCUUGCAGUUGGAUGAAGCAAAUGUUGGUGCACAUGAAAUUUCCAAUAUAUUAGAUUCACAGCUUCUUCCUUGUGAUUCUUUAGAAGCAGAUGAAAUGCAAAGGCUCAAGCGUGAAAGGGAUGAUGCCUUGAAAGAAGUGAAUACACUUAAGGAAAAAUUAUUGCAAUCAGAUAAGCAAAGGAAACGAUUGACAGAGGAGCUCUAUAAUGUGAAACAAGAAGCCAAAGCUGUAGUUGAAGAAACAAGAGCCCUGCGAAGUCGGAUUCAUCUUGCCGAAGCUGCACAGAGACAGGCACAUGGAAUGGAAAUGGACUAUGAAGAAGUGAUCUGUCUGUUAGAGGCCGAGAUUACAGAGCUAAAGGCUCGGCUUGCUGAUUAUUCUGACCAAAAUAAAGAAAGUGUUCAGGAUUUAAAAAAGAGAAUUAUGGUACUUGACUGCCAAUUACGAAAAUCAGAAAUGGCUCGAGAAACUUUUGAGGCAUCCACUAAAAAGCUUCUUCAUUUUGUAGAGGCUAUUCAAGAAGUAUUUUCUGAUAAUUGUACUUCUCUAUCAAAUUUAAGUGAAAGAAGAGCUGUGUUAGCUUCUCAGACUUCUCUCACACUGCUGGGAAGGAAUGGACAUAACAUCCCAGCAACGCUGGUGCUUGAAUCUAAGGAACUUGUUAAAUCUGUUCGUGCCUUACUUGAUAUGGAUUGUUUACCUUAUGGGUGGGAGGAAGCUUACACAGCAGAUGGAAUCAAGUACUUCAUCAAUCACGUAACACAGACUACAUCCUGGAUCCAUCCUGUGAUGAGUGUCCUGAAUCUGUCUCGCUCAGAGGAGAGUGAAGAAGAUUGCUCUAGAGAACUCCCCAACCAGAAAAGUUGAUCGUUUUCCUUAGGAAAUGGAGUUCCGUGGUCAUCUGGCAUCUCAGUCUACAUGGACAGCGUGAGCAGAGACACAUAACAUCCAAUUCUGAGAUGCAACAGUCUAAAAUAGGAGUGAAGCAUACACUACUUGUUGAAGGGUAAAAUAGAGACUCUGGACUUUGGAUAUUUUUGUAAAACUUUUGAUAUUUCUGUAUACAUUUUUAAAAAAUCAAUCGCCACUACAGUAGUUCUUUGAGAAUAAUCUAGUCAUAUUUUUUGAAAGCACAUAAUUAGAAUUUAUAAUAUAUAUACUUUUUCUUAUAUAAUUAGAUCUUUCUUUGUAAUUUCAUAUGUAGUUCUUCAUAAGGUCUUCACAUAUUGAAAAAGUAUAUGAACAUAAUGAAACACCUCAUUAAUUUGAUAAUUCAUUAACCUUUUAUAUUCAUCUAUUAGGAAAGUGAUCUUAGCAGGCUUUUUGGAAUUUGAGGAUCACAUUUAGAUCUCUGAUGGGCUAAUGAAUACAGCUUAUAUCUUUAUUGAGCUUUCUAAUUUACAAAAUGCUUUGCAGACCUCAUUUUAUUUAAACCAUACCACAUGCCUGUGAGGCUGAUCUGGUAGAUAUGUUUAUUCUUGUUUUUCAGUAGGGAAGUAGCAGUUCAGAGAGAGGAAGCUCCCUGUCCGAGCACUGAGACUCACUCCUAAGUCUUCUGAUUCCACGUCCAGUCCCCUUCCCCCAACACCCUGCUGUCCCCACAGAGGAAGGUCACAGCCCAUCAUGCAGGGCACUGUGAUUGUGUUGAUGCAGCUGGCUCCACAGCUGUGCAUUCCACAGAGAUUCAGAAGGCACCUCUUCAGUCAAACAUGGCCCCUCUAUAACCCUACUAUUCUUCUGCUAUAAACCUUUCCCCCUUCUCAGCACUCAAGCCCCCAACAAGUAGGCAAGCUGCAUUGUGAUAUUGUUUCAACAGGCUUCUUUCAGCAGCUCAUGUUUUUCUAAAGUGAAGGACGUGGUUUGCCCUGCUUAUGUUUCCCUUCCCAGAGCAAUGGUUUGAGGGGAGCUAAUGAGAAGAGAGAGAUCUUUUAAAACAUUGCUGCUCUACUUGAAACAAGAUGGAAGCCUAAAGCCCAAGUCAGGCAGCACCCAGCACUGCUGUGCAGUCCUAGAAAUCCUUAGAACAUAGUGUAAGAACCAUCCAUUGUAAGCAUUUUAUAGAUGAGUAAAUUGAGAUCCCAAGUCUCCUAGUCUACUGAAUUUCAUAUGGUAUAUAACACAGAUUUAUGUGGUAAAGAUAUAUAUACAUUGUGCUCAACUAUACCUUCCUGAAUACACUUAGGAUUUAUUAUUUAUGUCUUGAGUAAUAAUAUCAAGUCAACUCCAGACUGAUAGGUAGUCAUUAGCCAUGAAAAAUGUUUCAGGAUGGCUAGAGAAAACUUGUGUUUUGCCUGAUAGCCAUUUGAAGAUCAGGAAGCUUCAGGGAGAAAAGUUUUGAGAGAAGCCCCAGAGGGAGCUAUUUCCUUGCACUACCAACCCCCGCCAGCCCCCCACCCUCACCCCCUCACCGCCAGAGGUGAUUGAGGUAUUCUAUGUGGUAGUGUCUGAAAUUGUGAAUGUGCAAACUUUUUGUUGUUGUCAAAUUAAUGGUAUAAAAUUUUUCUCCCCCUGCUUGGAGAAUUUUGUAAUUUGUUUCUAGUGAGCAAAACAGAGGAGGUGUUUGAGUCACUUGAAAUCAGAGUACUCAGGCACCAGCCCACCAACAGAGACACCUCAUCUUUUCCCUGCUGUUUUGUACCACUUGCCUCCCUGUUUCUGUCAUAUUCCUAGUGAAAAAGACCUGAACAAUUAUACUAUUUAUUGAGUAUUUUGUGCUGUACACUGUGUUGAGCAGUUUGCAUACAUUUAUUUAUGAUCUUCUUAAAACCAUUCCAUGAAAUAGAAACUAAUUAUUCUCAUUUCUAAAAAAAUAAACUUAGGUUUAGAGAGUUAGUAAAAUUUUUGCCAAAGGGUCACAA